AAAUGCAUGGAGUGUGGAAAGACCUUUGCUCAGAGCAGUAGCCUUAGAAGCCACAAAACUCUCCACACAGGAGAGAAACCAUUCAAAUGCACGGAGUGUGGAAAGACCUUUGCUCGAAGAAGUAAUCUUAUUUCCCAUAAGAUGAUACACACAGGAGAGAAGCCGUAUAAAUGCAUGGAGUGUGGAAAGACGUUUACUCAGAGCAGUGGACUUAGAAGCCACAAAACGAUUCACACAGGAGAGAAACCAUAUAAAUGCAUAGAGUGUGGAAAGACGUUUACUGAUGGCAGUGGACUUAGAGGCCACAAAAAGAUCCACUCAGGAGAGAAACCAUAUAAAUGCAUGGAGUGUGGAAAGAUGUUUACUCAGAGCAGUGGCCUUAGAAGCCACAAAAUGUUCCACACAGGAGAGAAGCCGUAUAAAUGCAUGGAGUGUGGAAAAACCUUUGCUCAAAAACGUAGUCUUAUUUCCCAUAAGAUGAUCCACACAGGAGAAGCCAUAUAAAUGCAUGGAAUGUU